UGCUAUGGCCCAGGAAAGCGCUGGCAACAACAGAAAGGAAGGGGUCCAUGUAGCUGCUGCACUCGCCCCCUCUUAGUCAAUGGGGCAGCAGGUUCGGCAUCUACUACAAAAGAGAGGAUCCACUUCAGAUAACCACGCCUCUGCUAGGCAGCAUGUGGAAUGGCCGAGAGGGGACCUUAUUGGAUAUAUAAUCCAAGUCGAGAGUAGAGUUGCGGGAAUAGCCGUCUGAUGGAAAACGACUUUCACAUUUGGUUCGGAGAGCAAUUUUUUUCGUUGAGAAUUCCUCGUUCCCUCUCGAUAGACCAGCGGCGAAUUCAAAACUUGUGGGGCCCUAUCUAUUCCAUCUCUCGAGCCCCGAAGAUAACCCCCUCCUCUUCGGAUUCCAUAUCUCUUUUGACUCUAUAUAUGUGGGCACCUGAUAUCUAUGAGGGUUCACCCACCCCGGUUACAGCUUUCCUUUCUAUUGCGCCUAAAAUCUCUAUUUCUGCUAAUAUUUCACGUCUUUAUAUUUAUGGUUCUUAUGGAGCUACAUUGCAACAAAUCUUCUUUUUCUGCAGCAUUGCUUCUAUGAUCUUAGGAGCGCUGGCCGCCAUGGCCCCAACGAAAGUCAAAAGACUUCUAGCUCAUAGUUCAAUUGGACAUGUAGGUUAUAUUCGCACUUGUUUCUCAUGUGGAACCAUAGAAGGAAUUCAAUCACUACUAAUUGGUAUCUUUAUUUAUGCAUCAAUGACGAUAGAUGCAUUCGCCAUAGUUUCAGCAUUACGGCAAAGCCUUGUCAAAUAUAUAGCGGAUUUGGACGCUCUAGCCAAAACAAAUCCUAUUUCAGCUAUUACCUUCUCCAAUACUAUGUUCUCCUACGCAGGAACACCCUCGUUAUCCGGCUUUUGCAGCAAAUUCUAUUUGUUCUUCGCCGCUUUGGGUUGUGGGGCUUACUUCCUAGCCCUAGUGGGAAUAGUGACUAGAGUUAUAGGUCGUUGGGCGGUCGGAAGGUUGCCACGAGUAAGUCAGUUUGGGGGACCGAAGGCAGUUCUCCGUGGACCGGACAUGUAGCUUACCGAAUCAGUUGCGACACGGAUGGGAAUGCAUGCUACGAAAGAUAGGGUCGAGUCUGAUACAUCAACCGUCUACUCAAUAUCCUUGUACGGGUCCACA